UAUCUACUCCAUAAAUACUCUGUAUAUCUACUUCCACCCUCACAACUCACCACAACCCCACAACCUCCACAAUCUUGCAGUACCUUGAAGUACGUACCUACCUACGUACCUACAAUCUUGCAUCGUGCAGAAUCACCCACAAUUCCAACCAAACAACACGGAAAAGGACUUCGGAGUUUGACAUUUCCCUAUGCUACUAAUUAUUUUCAGCUGCAUGAAAUUUAACUCCUUCCCAAAACAGACAAGGGAGACGGGCUACUUCAUUUACUAAGUACUAAGACGGAAGAUGACGAGAGCGAAAUCAAAUUUCAUGAUAAGAAUGUAACUAGCUUUACAAUUCCAAUCAAAAGCAACAUGGAAUUUGGAAGGAAUUGAACGAAUUGAAUGAUUGACUUGAAUGGAAUUGAAUUGGUUGAAUUGAUUCGAGGAUGUAUAAUUUAUAUGUACCCAAGCAGGUAGAGAAAUUAUGAUAUCCACUUGCAAGGAAAUAAGUAUGUAUGUAAAGAAGAAGAAGUAUCAUCUUCAUCUUGAAUCGAGAAUCAUGAUACAUCUAUCCAUCGAUACAUACAUAUAUAUAUAUAUAUAUACAUAUAUACACAUCGAAACAAGACAAUACACUCAAGUGUAUCAUAAAAACCCCUUCUACUCCUUUUAAUAUAUAUUGCUAAUCUAAUAAUUUGGCAAAAUUGACAUGAUAAUUAUCAUUAUUAUAUUACAAUCUUGCAACUAAUUAAACAAACCCCAUCCAUCCUAUUGAAUCUAUUCGCCAGUGGCUAGCUACGUACAGCUAACACAGUAAUAAAGCCAAAAAGUGAAAGGGUUCACCAAAAAUGGCACUUCAUAAUACUAUUACCGGUGGUACCACCACUACUACCACUACUACCACUACUACCACUAUCACCACCAACCUUACUCAACAAGCCCGAGCUUCUUCAGAACCACGGCGUCAUUUCAGCCUCGGUUUUAUGCUGGCCAAAGAUUCCAUCCUGAUAAAUAGUUAUCAUCAGACUCCGAGGAGGAGACAUCGUGUGUUACCUUUGAAUUUGGUGCGACUUCCUAUCUUGGAAGAAUUGGAGUCGAUGAGUAUGAAUGUUUUGGGUGAGUUUUUUUUGAGUUUGGGUUUUUAUGUUGGGGAUGAAUGGAGGGAUGGUGGUUAGGGGUGUUUGCAUGCUUCUUAUGUUUAAGGGAUAUUUGCUAAUAUGUUUGGAAUCCCCCGUUUAGUAUCAAAGGCGAGAAAGGUAUGUUUUAUUUAUUUGGGAUUUGGGAUUUUGAUGAGAAGGUUGAUAGGAUGGAUGAGGAUUGAGUGUAUGCGAUUGAAAUUGUCCGAAAUGAAAUCAAUUAAGGAGCUGGCAGAUACGGAUCGAUUAAGGGAUGCAUACCAGAUUUACAUGCAAAUAAACUAACAAUAUCUCUAGCCAAAGUUCGAUUUAGUUCUCAAAGUAAGUAGUUCCCUCUACACCGGCGCAUUCGCAUUCACAUUCACAUUCGCAUUCUUAUACCCAUCAUUCCCUCUACACACAAUCUAACAACCCCCCCUAGUUAAUAGAUCUCAACAACGUCCCCCUAACCAGCGGAACCGCCUACAUAAAAUGGACACUCCCCAACACCACCGCAGCCGAACACUCCGGACAAACCUCCCGGUCCCCUAUAAAAGAACACAAAGUAUCCUGGGACUACACGCGCACAAUACCCAUCCGACUCACCAUUGACAAAAACAACCAUCUCUCCGAAUGUCUCGUCCAUUUCGAAGUAAUCCAAGAUUACAACGUGGGCAAUUCCGCAAAAGGGGAACGAGUAACUCUAGGACAUAUCACGUUGAAUUUGGCAGAAUAUGUAGAUGAGAGUGAAGUUGAGGGGGAAGAUGGUGUCGUUAGGAGAUAUUUGAUGCAAGAGAGUAAGAUUAAUAGUACGGCGAAGAUAGGGAUUGCGAUGAGGCAGGUAGAUGGGGAGAGGAACUUUGUAGCGCCUCCGUUGAAGAGUGCGCCUGUUUUUGGCGGGAUAGCGGGGAUUAUGAAGGGGGAGAAUGGGGAUGGUGGUGAUGAUGUUGGGAGUGAGUUUCUGUUUUUUCUUAUUAUUCUAUAUGAAUCCUGUCCAUCAUCCAUUCCAACGGCUGGCGGUUUGGGAGAAUCCAAAAAAAUUAACAUAUGAAAGAUAUGCCUCAACUUCAAAAAUCCUCCGAUAAAUCAGAUCUCCACGAUAUGUAUCGUCGAGCUCUCGCCGCUUCCUGGACCGCCUCCCCAGCCGAAAUGCUAGCAGAUGAAUGCGUCGAAGAUAUAUUUGCCGGAGGCGACGGUUGGAAACACGAUCCAUCUGAUUCUCAAACCUCGGAUUAUACUUAUCAGAGAGAUACACCAAGAAUUGUUCAGGAUGAAUUAAGUGCAAGUGGAGGCAGCGGCGAGGAUUUAAGAAGACAUAGAAGAAGUCCCAGUGAUGCAAGUCAGCGAUCUAACGUUACGGCAGCGAGUUCGAGUGGAAGAGGUGGAAAUAUAAAUACGAAUAUGAACAUAAACGGAAGUGGAAGUGGAAGCGGAACUGGAAGUGGAAAUGCAGGAAAAGGACAUCGAUAUAAAAGAAGCACCGACACAACACGCAGUGGUAUAUCCACCCGAAGCGGAGUCUAUUCCAGUGGUGAACGUAGCGUGAGUGGACAAUCGAAUCUUAGUUCUCAUUCUCAUUCUCAUUCUCACAUGGGAGAAAGAGAAGAGGAAGUUUCCAUGGUGAAUAGUGAGAGAGGAAGAACAGGUAGAGGUUUAGGUCAUAUUCCCGGACAUUCAUUUUCGUAUGCUAGACCGAGGGAAGUGGAUGAAUUUGAUAUGAGAGAGGAUUUGGUGGCUUGGAAGUUACCGGGGGAGGUUUCUUGAGGAACUUGAGGAGCUUGAGGUGUUUCUUUUUUUUUCUUAGAACUGGGGGGAUGUGGGCUGGAAGGAUUGGGUAUGGUGUGGUAGGAAAAGGUGUUUAUAUAAUAUAUAGAUGGUAGAUUGGUAGAUUGAUGGGAUGGAUUGGAUUCGCUGUACAUUUAAAUUGUGCAGUGGAGGUCUUAUAUAUGGAGUUUAUGGAGUUCUUUUUUCUUUUCUCCUCAGGAAAAAAAAAAAAGUAGAAAAAGCUAGGAGCACUGGAUUAUUGCUUGGAAGUAUAAAAUAACAUAGCAUCGCAUCGUAUAGCUAAGGAGCUGGGAGUUUAUUAACUUGUUACUUCUACUUCUGUUUGAGUAU